AUGAGUAUAGAAGGAUUGAAACAAACUAAAUUACUUUUAAUUGGAGAAAUAGGUGAUGGUAAAAGUUCAUUAGGUAAUUUUAUUUUAAAGAAGAAUGUUUUUAAAGUAAGUGAUAGUGAUGAAUCGAGUACAAAAUACACUGGUGGAUAUUUUGGAGAAGGUGAUAGAAAUGAUGUAUUUGUUGUUGAUACUCCUUGUCUUAUUGAUGGUAGUGGAUUUAAUAAUAAAAAUAUUCAAAAUAUUAUUGAAUGUGUUAAAAACACAAGAUUACAAGGAAUUGUAUUAACAAUGAAUUAUAAUGUAAAAAGAUAUUGUGAUAAUCUUAAAUAUAUUGUUAAAGUUAUAUCUGAUACUUUCCCAAUAAAAGAUAUUUGGAAACAUGUAUGUAUUGUAUGGACUAAAUGUUAUAACUGUUAUUCACAAAAUCAAAUUGAAAAAGAUAAAAUUGAGAAAAAAGAAUUUAAAGAAGAAAUGAUUGAAUUUAUUAAACAAACAAAUAAAAUAAAUGAAAAUAUUGAUAUUCCAAUGUAUUAUGUAGAUUCACAACCAGAAGAAGAUAAUGAUAAUACAAGAUCAGAAGAAGAAAUAAUAAAAUUAAUCAAAUGGGCAAGAGGAUUACCAUCAAUUGAUAAAGAAGAAAUAAAUAAAUUAAUAAAUGGAUACAAAGAAAUUAUUUAUGAAGAAAAAGAAGAACGUGAAACAAUAGAAGAAACAAUACUUAAGAGAACAUAUAAAAUAACAAAAUAUAUAAGAUGUAAGAAAGUAAAGAAUAGUGGAGAAGUUAUUUAUGGUGAAAGUACUGAAAUUUGUAGUAGAAUUAUAACAGAAAACAAAUAUAAUAAAGAACCAUCAGAAUGUGUAGUGAUGUAA